GGACUAGGCAAGUCUCCACAAAAAAAUGGCGGUGGGUUCAGCAGGACCAAAGGAGAAAACCAAAGCCAAAAAGCGAUACCUCAAAGCGAAAAAAGAACGACGCAAAAAUAAGAAGCCAUCAGCAGCAGCACCUGCGGCAUACGGUUCCCGUCAUGCAGAGUCUUUGCAAGGGGACGCUUCCGAGGGACAGAGCAUAGAAGACGAAGUGGAGCAUCAAGAUGUGUCUGAAGAGGUGGUCGAAUUAGCGAACGCGAAGAAAGAUGAAGAGUCUGGAGCAGAGGUGGAGGAAGGAGAGGAGGAGAGGAAGGCGCGUAGGAAGAGGGAGAAGAAAGAGAAGAAAAGUAAGUCCAAGGAGCAUGAAAGCGAAGAGACCACUCGACCUCGAAAACGCCGAAAGCUCAGUCCUCCCAACUCUCCUCCUUCCGACAUCGAGCUUGCACCUGCGUCACCCAUACGUUCCCCAUCCCCACAGCCCGUUCUCCGCAACCCCACACCGCCGCCGCCAUCCACUCUGCCCUCUUUCCCGCUCCCCUCGCAGCCCAAUGCUCCCGCCAAAUCUGAACUCGCCUCGCAGGGUAUGGACCGCGCGUUGGCACGCGCGCAACUUGUCGAUCCGGCUCUUUCGUCAAAACUGUCAUUCGAAGGUGAGGAGGAUACCCAGACAGGUCUGAGCGCGCGCACGAGGGCCAGGUUGAAGGAACUUGGGAUUGAGGAAUUGUUUGCAGUACAGACCACGCUACUUCCGUUAUUGCUUCCCUCUGGCCGGCUUCAGCGGUCAUUGUACCUCCCGUAUAAUCCACCUCGUGAUAUAUGUGUGUCCGCGCCAACUGGGAGCGGAAAGACACUGGCCUAUGUUCUCCCCAUCGUAGAGACUCUCUCUGCUCGCAUAGUAACCUGCUUGCGCGCUUUGAUUGUGCUGCCUACGCGUGAUCUUGUCGCUCAGGUGCGAGAGACUUUCGAGGCGGUAGGCAAAGGGAGAGGCCUUAAGAUAGGAACUGCAACGGGUCAGCAUUCGUUCGCGCACGAGCAGUCGCAACUCAUCGCAGACAAGUCGUCACACUUGCAGGGCGGUUCCAGCAAAGUGGACAUCUUAAUUUGCACCCCAGGACGGCUGAUGGACCACCUUAAUGAGACACCAAAUUUCUCACUCCAACAUCUACGAUUCCUCGUGAUAGACGAGGCGGACCGUCUCCUAGCACAGUCCUUUCAAGACUGGCUUGCUCAAGUUCUCAAUGCCACGCGCCCCCCUCCACUCUUGUCCGAUGCCUAUAACCCCAUAGCCUCCCCGUCGUCACUUCCUUACCCCGACGCCCUGUCACCAGCAUUCUUGCACCUCCUUUGGGAUGUCCCAACGAUCCACACGGACAUCGACGAGAACAAGGAAACAUCGUGUCAGAAAUUGCUAUUUUCAGCAACGCUGAUGAGCGACCCGGGGAAAAUCGCGGCGCUGGACCUCAAGAAUCCGAAGUAUAUCGUCGUGCAGUCGCAGGGCGCAGGGAACAAUGAGGGCGUUCUGGGCGUUGUGAUGGAGAAGUUCAGCAUGCCAGCUACUCUGAGGGAACACAUGCUGGUGUGUGACUCUUCUCAAAAACCACUGAUGCUUUUCCACCUGGUGCGCGCACAUCAGGUGAAGAACGCUCUGGUGUUCACAAAAUCGGCCGAGUCGACGAUGCGCCUUGUGCGGCUCUUCGAGUUCUUCGAGACAGCGCGACAUGCGUCAGGUGCUGAGUCCGAGUCUAAGACAAUCGUCGUGCGAGCAUACUCGAGUGACUUAAGCCCGUCCGAGCGCAAAUCCAUCCUGGAGAAAUUCAAAGCGCAGGAGAUCGACAUGUUGGUCUGUUCGGAUCUCGUCUCGCGAGGGAUAGAUAUCAGUCACGUCGCCCACGUCGUGAGCUAUGACGUCCCGGUUGACAUGCGAAAAUACGUGCAUCGCGUCGGGCGUACGGCGCGUGCGGGGAGAGAGGGCGACGCAUGGACGCUUGUCGAAGAGCAGGAGGCGCGCUAUUUCAAGGAGAUGCUGCGGGCAGCGGAGCAUGUGGACGCCGUGAAGAGGGUGCGGGUAUCUGAGAAGCAGCUGGAAGGGCUGGUGCCACAUUAUGAGGUGGCGCUGCAGCAGUUGAAGGAGGUGUACGCUCGGGAUCGCCGCGUCAGUGCUUGAUAAAGACGGCCAUCAUGUCGUACAUGAUGGUCCGAUGGGUGAGGGUGGGAUCUGUGGAGCCGUCGGCUGACACCGCAGUUCCGUCGGAUGCAAACAAGUACAGUAUCAGACGACGCUUGGGCCGCUCAACAUUUUGUGCAUUUCAACGUGUUGUGCUUUCUUGUUUUUGAGCAAUCAAACUGUGUGGAAGGCUC